UCAUUAUUUUUCUCGGUGCAUUUUCUCUGUCUGACGGUUGCUGCAGUGCUGGUGAUUUGUGUCGGUCGUGUAGUUGUGUGCGGCGUUCUCCAUUGUUCAUUGUGGACAGACCGAUUCAUGCCAGCCGGCGGGGACAGAGUGAAGCCGUGGCGGAGUGGUAGGUUGUGACGCUGGGUUUUGCUGACGGCGCAAUGCCGGACAGUGUGCGGUACAACAUCAAGUACUUGGUAUCCAAUCUAGAUGUGUCACUGAUCUUGGAGGACCUGCUGGAGAACGAUGUCCUCAGCGAAGAGGAAUAUGAUACUGCCUCUGGCAAGGAAAACGAAAAGUUGGAGCUGGCAAAGUAUGUGGUGAGGCUGAUGCUGAAGAAAACGGACGAACAGGUGGAUACGUUACUGAGCCUGAUUCAACACAGCCAGCCUCAUGUAGCGGAACAUGUCGCCAGUACCAUGGCAAAGCGACGCGGUGCAACUGCCAGUGGGAAAACUGACCGUCCGACGAAGCCAAUGUCGGCAGAUCGUGAGUCAACACUUGACUCAUCCUCCGACAAUCCGUUUGACCUGACAAGGUUUGUGUGUGACAUUCAACCAUGGUUGAACAAAGUUGACCCAGAUCGACUGCGACAGAUGGUGAUCAAGAAACAUCUCAUAACUGACAGCGCAUCAAUAGAGAGACUAAAGAGAAUUCAGUCCCGGGAUAGACUAUCUGAUCAUAAUGAGGCGCUCAUCCAGUUGCUCAGAGCUGGUGGCCUAAAGACUUAUCGUGAUCUCUGUGUUGUCAUUGAGGAACUUGGUUAUGCGGACAAGAGCAAGGAAAUGCUCUCCAUUUUGUCCCACACAGGUACCACCAUGACAACAGUUGGCCAACAGAAAACGCAGCCAUCACAGCACCCGGUGGAAGAUGGCCAGGCCGAUCAGCAACGGACCUCCAGCAGACGUGAGCCAGUUUUCAAACAACCAACAUCAGCUGUAACUAGAACUGAUGCGACUAGUAUGGGUACAACAACCAACACAGCAUCGACUACAACGCAGGAUUCAACAAGAUCAGCAACUUCAAGCCAGUCAUCUCUACCGGACAAAGACCGACACUUCACUGGCAGGAAUGAGAUUGUUACAGAGAUUAGUGACAAAAUUCUCACAACAAAGUCCACAUCAUCAUCUACACGUGUGCAGAGUCUUCUGGCACCAGCUGGUUUUGGUAAGACGUCCGUAGCCAUUGCUGUGGGACAUGUAUGUCGCAAUGCUGGUUGUCGUGUGGAGUUCUUUGACUUACGCGGUGUAGCUGGUGUUGACGCUGUCCAGGCAAUGAUUCAAAACCGACUCGAAACAAACCCGGCUUCACCUGAAACUGCUGGCAAGACAAAACAAACAGCUGAUGGCAUGGAUGAGGAUGGUGGCAAGCACCGCAUGCUAUGUAUUCUGGAUAAUGCCGAGGAUGCUAUCCAUGCUGGUGCUGAUAAAGAUUUCCAACUACAAGAUGCUGUGGAACGACUACUUCGACUACAACACAACGUUCAUGUCCUACUGACAAGUCGUGUUUACUUUGACCUACACGCUGCCCAGUUUAAACUACAACAACACCGUCUUGAUGGUCUGACAAAGGUUUGUGCUGUUGGUCUUCUCCAUGGUCUAUGUGUUGAAGGUAGUGUGAGCAUUGAAGAUGCACAGAGGUUAGUGGAUCAUUGUGGAAAUGUUCCACUUGCUGUACGCAUUACAGCUGGUCUUCUACAAGGGGGUCGAUUAACUCCCACCAGGCUGCUAUCGUUGUUCAAGAAGGUUGGUCUUGAUGUGUUCAACGAUGAUGGUCUGAAACCGAAUGAUCGAAUUCUGCAGCUGUUGAAAAUAGCAUACAACACAUUACGUCAGAAUGACAAGGCAUCAUUCCAUGCUCUCUCUCAACUGCGCUCCUCGUUCUCAUCUAAGUGCGCUUGUGUGAUGGUGGAUUGUGUAGGUGAUGAUGUUGAUGUGGUUCAUCUUCUACGUUUUGAUCCGUUGAUCAAGAUUUGUUUCCUGGAUUACAAUUCGUGUUUGGAUCGCUACUCGUUACAACCAUUUAUCGCCGAGUUUGGUCGUUACCAAUGCCCAGAAGACAAGCAACACAUGUACCAACAGCGGAUGUGCAAGCAUUUCCUUGGCUUUGUGAAGGAAGUUGAUGACUGUAGAGGUUGUGGUGCAGACGAAGCAAUGUACUGGAGUUACCAAUUGCUUCAGGAACGGGUGAAUAUACAGAUGGCGUUGUCUGUUGUUGAUGUUUUGUCUGGCGAUGACUUGCUUCCUUUCUCUGGAUUAGCAGGGUGGUCAGGUAUCCUAAUUGCCUUGUUUGGGAGAGCAAUGUUUGUUGGAGAGUUUGUGGACAGGGUACAAAGAUUGGACAAAGCACUGCUAUCUGUACAAGCUGACAGCAUUUGCACCUCGGUCCUGUGUUGUAUUUGCCGUCAAAGCAUUGCAGAUUCUGAUGUCACUUUUGAGAGUUCGGAUUCCAGAACCCAAAUGCUCCUGGAGAAAUCUGAACAAGAACCGACAGGAGUGGGGUCACCGCUGAAGCUACCUUUGAUGCAACUUUCUCUAGAGUCAUGCAGGCUAUCCAUGUCUCUGGACAUCAACUGCAGGGAAGGACAGGUUGAACUGAGCCAGGAAACACUAUCCCGUCUGCAGGUGGUAUACCAGCGUGUUACAACAACACUGGGAAUGGGUCUUGCAACAGGUGUCACUGAAUAUGCCCUGAAACUCAUUCAACUGUAUUGUUCCACUCUGCUAAACAAGGAUAUGCCCAAUGUACAGGUGGUAGAAGACCUUGCUGAGAGAGUGAUCUCAUCACGCUUCCUAUCACAGGAUGGUGGGGUCCCUUCAUGUACUGCAAUGUUCGGUUUUCUGCUACAGUGCAUUGCUGUGAUCCUGGGCAAGGUCAUGUCAAGUUCCUGUAGCAGUGAGUGGAUUAUUUCACCAUCAUUGAUUACAACACUGGGUAUACCACUGUGCGAGUGGAAACAUGUACCAACUGCUAUCAGCCGCACGUUCAAUACCCAUGACGACCACACUACUGUGUCUGCUCUUGGGUUACAACAGUACCUGUACUCCAUGGAUAAUGACACAGUAACCACACUACUGAACAUGUACUUGGGUGGUAUGUACAACCACCUGUACAUAUCCUUGGUAGUAAAUGGAAGGGCACACACAACUCCAACGGGUCUCACUCUACCAGCACAGCAUCCCUACAACAUUGUGAUGGACUAUGCCAGGAGAUGGUGUAAUGGCUCAAAUCCAGCAUAUCACACAACAGCACUGAUUAACAACUGUAGCCAGAACAAGAUACCUGAUCUGGAAGUGGUGCAGUAUUGUAUACUGAUGGCUAGAGCACUGCUCAAUUUGGAGAAUACUCUCUUGGCGACUGAUGUUAGUUCCACACUCUUCCCAGCGUUGAAGUCACUUGUUAAGGAUCUCAGUGCUUGCCUGCCAAGCAAGUGUGCAACUGGUCUCUCAGUGUCUGGAAUUGUGUACUUACCACCACAAGCUGAAGGCCUUUCUCUACUAUACAACUCUCUCCUUGCUGCCCUGCAUCAUCAAUCCAAGAGAGGUCAAGUGAGCAUUGAUCACCACAUUGCACUACGGGAAUGGUGUCCACCUGUAGCGGCAUGUUUUGUCUGCUAUGACCUGGACAACAUCACAGCAUGUCCUCGUUGUGGCAUGGCUUACCUGUGUGGCAAACAUCGUCAAACUGAUGAACACCUAAGUGAACACAACCAACACUGUGCUAUGCUGGCAGCACUCAGACAUCGCAUACUGCAGGCUAGCUGAGCUUAUGAAGGUCUCUAUUGGAUAGUGUUUAGCAGUUGAGAUUGGUGAAAGUGACCAGCACUGGACAGGGAUCAUUUCCAGCAGCUACUGCAGUAAGAGAUACUCCAACAGCACACUACCUGUCAUUGAUCACAACACUGUGACAUCACUUGUAUAGACAUGAUGUAUACAGAUUGUCUAUGACACACACUGUUGUGUUACUAUGUAGAUAUAAUGAUCAACUGAACUACAUGUACUGUCUAGUCCAGUCUACUGUGGUAUCAGUUUUACUGAAUAUGUUCAUGUCUACUCUCACCUACUGUUUUUACACUAGUCACUGUACAGAAUAGUUACCGCUAUGUCAGUUAAACCUGGAAAACUCUACUCUACAAAUGUUUAUACUGCAAUGUAUAUUGCCAUAGCAGUGUCAGCCAUACCCUGUACAUACAAGUUCAUGCUACUAUCUUUGAGAUACACAUCAUAUUUUCCAUUAUUGAAAUCUAGCAGUAAUGCUAGCAUUCGUUUGGCAAGCAAGAAAUACCCGUUGUCUGCUACCAUGCCAAGUCAUGAAGCAUCGUGAAGGUAGCCAUGGUUCGACCCUAGCACACACACACACUGCAGCUCCUUCCACGUUUCCAAUUGUGGCCGGCUUUUCAGUAGACCACAGGACCUAUCCUGCCUGAACAUGGCAAUGUGUCUCA